UUUGAUGCCACUUUUAAGCCAGCCCGUAUUUUACUGUUCACCUCACCGCUCUGAAAUCAGAGGAUUUCCAUAAAAAAUGGCGCCGGCGCCGACAGCCGCGGCCGCCGGACGCAAGCGCAAGAAGCCGCACGGGCCUUCGAAAGCCCUCGCCAAGAAAGCCCUGAUUCUUAAGUCAGCGCCGGCGAAGGCCAAGAAGAAGAAGCAUGAGCAUAAGGAGAAGAAGCCGCAGCCACCCACCCCGCACGCCAAGAAACCCGCCGAGCCGGACCAGACCGCUGCCACCGGAGAUGAGCCCGCCUCGGGAGGGGUCUUCCUUUCGGCCGCAAUGCCGCCGGCGCGGCAGCUCAAGUUCCUCCUCCGCAGCUUCGAGCGCGCCGCCAAGAUGCGCCUCUCCCCCCUCGAGCUCGACUCCUACUCAGGUAUGUGACUUUGAAGACGGCACACCAAGGCCUGCUCUGCUUGUGUUCUGUGUGCAGAGGGAUCCAUGGUGCAGCUCCCGGAGGGAGCCAGCCAGGACGUGGAGAGCUUCGGUGACCAUGUGAAGGGGGCGUUCGGCGCGUCGUGGAUGGAAGAGCUCUGCGAGGGGAAGCUCAUCGAGGGGGCGAUUGGCGUGGGCAGUUCAGCGCUCCUGGUUAUCAGCUCGGCUGCUCUGAGAUCGCUGGAGCUUCUUAGGUAGUUGUUGAAGCGGAAAAACAGCAUUUUUCGUCGUGACCGUUUCGAAUUACUGUAGAGAGUUAACAGGAGCUUCUUCUUUCAUUUCUAUAUUCAGAUUUUCAAUAACGAACUAGGGUAUUGUUUUGUUAAUAACAGCAUUUGGU